GACCGACUGCAGAGGCCGCGCCGCCUCCCCCGCCCGAGGUCUGCGCGCUCCGCCGCAGGGUGCAGAUCGGGGGCGCCCGCCUGGGUUUGGGGCGCAAGAGCAGAGGUGGAGCCAGGGCGGAGCCAGCGCGCCCCGUCCCCCCUCUUUCCAAUCGAAAGCGAAACGGAGGGCUGGAAAGGAAGGGCGGAGCCGGCCUGGAGGCCCCGCCCCCUGCCCUGAGAGGCAGCUGGACAGACGGGCGCGCCCAGGUAGGGGGGCGCUGAGCGCCCAGUGCGGACCCUCGCGGGGACCGGCGCCGCCACCAUGUCUCAGGAAGGUGUGGAGCUGGAGAAGAGCGUCCGGCGCCUCCGGGAGAAGUUUCAUGGGAAGGUAUCCUCCAAGAAGGCGGGGACUCUGAUGAGGAAGUUUGGCAGCGACCAUACCGGAGUGGGGCGCUCCAUCGUGUACGGGGUAAAGCAGAAAGAUGGACAGGAACUGAGUAAUGACCUGGAUGCCCAGGACCCCCCAGAGGACAUGAAGCAGGACCGGGACAUCCAGGCGGUGGCGACCUCGCUCCUGCCACUAACAGAAGCCAACCUACGCAUGUUCCAACGUGCCCAGGAAGACCUCAUCCCUGCCGUGGACCGGCAGUUCGCCUGCUCCUCCUGUGACCAUGUCUGGUGGCGCCGCGUGCCCCAGCGGAAGGAGGUGUCCAGAUGCAGGAAAUGCCGGAAGCGCUACGAGCCGGUGCCCAGUGAUAAGAUGUGGGGCGUGGCUGAGUUCCACUGCCCGAGAUGUCGGCACAACUUCCGGGGCUGGGCACAGAUGGGGUCCCGGUCCCCCUGCUACGGGUGCGGCUUCCCCGUGGAUCUGACACGGAUCCUCCCUCCACGCUGGGACCGGGACACAGAUCGCCGCAGCACCCACACCCACUCCUGCUCAGCUGAGGACUGCUACAAUCGGCGAGAGCCCCACGUGCCUGGGACGUCCUGCGCACACCCCAAGAGUCGGAAGCAGAACCACCUGCCCAAAGUCCUGCACCCCAGCAACCUCCACAUCAGCAGUGGCUCCACUGUGGCCACCUGCCUGAGCCAGGGGGGCCUCCUGGAAGACCUGGACAACCUCAUUCUGGAGGAUCUGAAGGAGGAGGACGAGGGCGGGCACGGGGAGUGACCCCUGCCAGGUGCAGAUGCAAACCAGACACGGUCUGUGCAUAUUUUGUGUUGUUAUAAAAUACGAGCUCAAACGGA